AAUCCUUCACUUCCCUCUGAUAAAUCCUAUUUCGGUUGCAAACUCAUCCCAAUUUUAAGAGAACCACAAAAUGGCGGCAGAUUUGACUUUUUGAAAAGUACGCGAAAACACAAAUCUCCACGGAAGAAUAUAUGGUGCAGCCAUGAGCGGACAGAAGACCAAGACAAAGAGAAGAUCUAGCUUCACAGCUAAUAGGGUGUCUCUGCUCUCUCGAGAUGUGUCAUCAGCUAAAGAUUUACACAGGAUGGUGGAAAAGGAAUUGUCAAAAGAAGAUCGACUUGCAAAACUAACUCGACUUUGUCUUCAGUAUACAGUCGAUACUUUAGCAAAAGAGUUCAAAGGCGAAGACUGGUUUGACAAGUUCCGAGUUAGCGCCGAGGAAGGAGGGAGUGAGGUGAUCUCCCGCCUCCAGGACGAGGAUCUGUUUGAGCAUGCCUGCUCCAGGAAGCAACAACUUCCUAACCCACUGAAUGAAGAUUUCAAUGCCAAUAUAGCAGCAAUUGAACAUAAUAUGAACAGGCUGGAGGAGGAGAGUGUGAGGUGGGACGCUCUGCUGGGGGAGUUGAAGGUGGACAAGGAGGCCUCAGACAAGAAAAAUGAAAACCUUGAGCUGAAGGCUGCCACACUGUCUGAGGAUGUGAAGACACGAGCGAUGGGCAGCUACAUGAAGCCGAGUCCGGACUACCAGGACCUGAUCCAGUCCACACAGACAAACCUCAACAAGUGUGCCCUUCAGAUGGAGACCUACUGUAAGAAUGUUCACCUGCUUGAGAGAGCCAACAAGAUGGCCGACUGUGUGGAGGAAAAGCAAACACAACUCUUGUACAAGGAAUCCUUCAAGGGACUGAACACCCAGAACUCCAUGCAGCAGAUCUCUAACCUCGUCUCCCUCCCGUCACCCACCAAGAUGAUGAAACACGCCUGACUGUACAUUUCCUUGUAAAUAAACAACUGUACAUA